AUGGGUGGAAGUAAGGAAGCCGCAUGCCCUAAAAGGCGGGAAAAUCAGAASAGCCGCGUCUUCUCCAUUUCCGGAGAGUUUUCGCUUCCAAGCUUGCCGCGUUUUCCAAGCUCCGUCGCCGGUGCUGUGUCAUCGGGAAGAAACAAAAUGCCCAUUUACAGCAUCAGAGGAAUCGAUGUUGAUUUCCCAUUCGAGGCCUACCCUUCUCAGAUCACUUACAUGGACAGAGUUAUCGAGUCUCUUCAAAACGUGGGUUUCCCUCUUUACACCGCAACUCUCCUAAUGAAAUGUCAUGCGCUUUUGGAGAGUCCUACUGGAACUGGGAAAACACUUUGUCUUCUUUGUGCUACCUUAGCCUGGAGAAAGAGUCUGGGCAACUUCUCUACCCGUAAGGAUCGGAAGAACAGUGACUUUCCUUGGACAGAUUCAGACGAUCUAAUGUCACAAUCCGGAGGAGGUUUUCCUACCAUAGUUUAUGCGUCUCGAACUCAUAGUCAGCUCCGCCAAGUGAUCAAAGAACUCAAAAGAUGUAGCUACAGGCCGAAGAUGGUGGUACUAGGAUCACGAGAGCAAUUAUGCGUUAAUGAAGAAGUGAAGUCACUCCGUGGAAAGGCUCUCACAAAUGCUUGUCAGUACCUUUGCAAAAAGCGUGGAAAACGCCAAUGUAACCAUUUCAAUGGGACUCCAGAUUAUUUGAAGCAGAACCCUCAUAUUGGCGACGAACCAGUUGACAUAGAGGAUUUGGUCAGUAUUGGAAAAGAUUCCGGACCAUGCCCGUAUUAUAUCACACGAGAGCUUCAUAAGGACGUGGAUAUCUUAUUUGCACCAUACAACUACUUGAUCGGCAAUGCGUAUAGAAAGUAUUUGAAAGUCGAUUGGAAUAAUAGCAUCCUGAUUUUUGAUGAAGCUCACAACCUAGUUAUCCUAUCUUGGAAUGAUUAUACCACUUCCAACCUCUUGAAAUACUUCAGUGUAUCUUUAAAUUUUGCGCAGGAAAGUUUAUGCGCAGACUCAGCUUCAUUUGACCUUCCUUCUGUGKUUUUAUCGGCUUGCAUUUCUGAAGCGCAAGAAUGUGUAAAACUUGCUGCAGCACGAAGGGAUUCGUUAAAUGACGUGUCCAUGAACCCUGAGAAUUUUGCUAUACUUAAAGGACUUCUUCUUAAGCUGCAAGAACUGAUUAAUAAAGUBCCAAUUCUGAAAAAGGAUGAGGGAUUUACCAAGCCUGGGCCUUACAUAUAUGAAAUGCUUAAAAGCCUUAACAUCACUCACGAAACUGCUCCUAAACUCAUUGGUACAGUUGAGGAGGCUGCAGUGCUCCUCGAGGAGGAGAAACAACGAACAGCGACCAARGCUGGGACCAAACUAGAAAUCAUUGCUGACAUUCUUAAACUGAUCUUUAGAGAAAAUGGAAGUAACCAUGCAGAUGUUUAUCGUGUUCAUGUACAGGAGCUUGAGCAGAGUUCUACUGAUGUCAUAAAAGGCAAAGCAUCAAGAACGCUUAGUUGGUGGUGUUUCAAUCCUGGAAUUACCAUGCAGGAAAUAGCAAACAAAGGUGUUGGGUCUAUCAUUUUAACAUCAGGGACCUUGUCUCCCAUGGAUUCAUUGGCUCUAGAACUAAAACUAGACUUUCCUGUUCGGUUGGAGAAUCCCCAUGUUAUAUCCUCAAAUCAGCUYUGGGCUGGAGUUGUAAGUUCUGGUCCAUCAGGGCGCGUUCUUAAUUCUAGCUACCAAAAUCGUGAUGUACRGGAGUACAAACAAGAACUUGGGAAUGCUAUUGGUAAGUAG